AUGCGACGCGGCCUGUGGCUGCCUCGGCGCCUGAAUGGAUUACUCAUCGUCUUAUCUUAUCGGCGCAAAAAAUGUCCCCACCGAGGGGAACAAUUCGCCGUUCAGACGCAUUUCAUUCAUAUCAACAUAUUCAAUAUGCCGCUGAUGGAGUCUGAGGCUGCGCCUGAAGCGCCUGCAAAUGAUCUGCCUGAUAGUUUGCCUUUCCCGCCCACCACCUACUCGCAUAUCCUGCAUUGUUCCUAUCAUGACUGGCAUCGGAGAUAUCGUUCGCUUGCUCCCAAGUCGCGUGUGAUACCUUUGACUGCCCCAUUCGUCGAGUACCUUCGCGCCGAUGGUAUUGUUCUUCCGCCAGAAGCCGCCGCUCCAACCGAUGACGCCCACCUGGACGAGUUCUCCGACUCAGGCGAGGAGGAGGAAGACCCAUCCACGGAAUGGAAAGAGAUCCAUACCAAGAUCAAGGACACCAUCGCUGAAUUGGGAGGUAUCGUCACACCAAAAUUGAACUGGAGUGCUCCCAAAGAUGCCACAUUCAUGAAUGCCACCAACGACUUGCAAUGCCGUACUCCGAACGAUAUCUAUCUCUUGUUCAAGAGCAGCGACUUCAUCACACACGAUCUGGACCACCCGUUCGACGACUGUGUCCCCGAUAACACCGACGAUUCUACACCUUCCACCGUUGACUCACCACUUCCGGAAGUGCCGUACUCCCUCGUGCUCCGCAAAUACGUGAACUUCAACCCAUCCCUCGAGUUCCGUUGUUUUGUGCGAAACCGUGUUCUGCUGUGCAUUACCCAGCGCGACCAGAACCACUUUGACUUCCUCUUCCCUAUGCGUGACAUGCUUCGUUCUCGCAUCCAGUCAUUCUUUGACGAUAAGCUCAAGGAGACUUUCCCCGAGUCGAAUUUCGUUUUCGAUGUUUAUAUCCCGCAGCCACACACGCGUGUAUGGCUGGUUGAUAUCAACCCCUGGGCCCAGCGGACGGAUCCGCUUCUCUAUAGUUGGUUGGAAAUUUUGCAGAAGAAGGACCCGAUUGGAGUGCAGGAGGAAGACGAUGGAGCGGAGGAGUUCGUUAGAAUCUCUUUACAUGAUGGUAAGAUCAUGACUUCCGGCAUGGCGGAAGAGCUUGACCGUGAAGACGAUGCCUCAAGUUCUUCCGAGUCCGAGGCAGAGGAUGGUGCCGAGGGAGAUGAUGACCAGGCCCCAUUCCUCCCGGAAUUCCGGUUGAUCAAGAAGGAUGAUCCUGAGGCUUAUGCAUUCAGCUCCACGCAAUACUCGGCUCAUAAGGUGCCGAGGGAGUUGGUGGAUGCCUCGCUCCAGGGACCUGGAGGCAUGAGCGAGUUUAUGGGUCAAUGGAAUGAAAUUCUGAAGAAGCAGGAGCAGGAGGACAAGGAUGCAGGCUCUGACUCUGGGUAA